AUGACGCAGACGUUUGAAGACUUGGGCGUCGAGAGGGAGAUUGCGAUCCGACGGAGAAUUGCCAAAGAGUUUAAUAAGCGGCGGGAAAACUUUUCCGAUUUGCAGGCAUACAAUGACUACCUUGAGGAAGUCGAGACUAUCUCGUUCAACUUGAUUAAUAAUAUCGAUGUGGAGGAAACCGAGAAACGGAUCGCAGCUUACCGCGAGGAAAAUGCGGCACUGAUCGAGCUUAACAUUCAACGCGAGGAACGAGAAAUGCUCACUGCACAAGAAGAGGAAGAACGCGAACGCGAAGAGCGACAACGACGCGCCGAGGAGAUUCGACGUGAAGAGGAAAAUGAGCGCGCCGAAAGAACAAAAGCGAGCCACAAAAUCCUCGAAGAGUUGGCCAGAGGAAACGCAGACGCACGUAAAGUCGUCGCACAAUCGCGUGCAGAGGCGGCCAAACGGGCAGAGCAGCGUGCCGCAGCCGCGAAAGCGGCAAGCAUGGCCACGCUUUCAAAUCUCAAGCGAAAGAACGAACUUGCGAUCCCGGAUCCACCUCACAAACCGCUCAUCGACGAUUGGUACGCCUAUGAGGACAAGUACGUUCUCCGGCGCGAGUACCAGGACGGCGUCAUGGACCAUAUUAGUGAAGAUGUUCUCCGUCAGAUGAGGAUUGGCGGAUAUCGCGUGGAAGACGCAUGGGAUAGAGCAAUUCGAUAUGCAGUUGCCGGCUUGGAGUCUCAACCACUUGUCGGACUACCUUCGUAG